AAACCGGUUGAACCGAUAUAGCAUAUACAUUUGGGAUGAGAAAGUCAGAGGAUGUCAAUGGCAGCCGUAGUGUGUCGGACUCCGCAGAACACGGUAACUAACUGCUUCUCCUUCAGUCUUGGGUUUUCCUCACGUGUUCUUUUCAACCCUUUUGUCUUCACACAAUGGAAAAGAACCUUCACUACCCAUGUUCUUUGUCAUGCUAAAAAGGAAGAGAAGUUGGUAGUUGUUGGAGGUGGAGCAGCAGGGGUGUAUGGAGCAAUUCAUGCCAAAACUAUUGCACCUCACCUAAAUGUGGUCAUUAUUGAGAAGGGGAAGCCUCUUUCCAAGGUGAAAAUUUCUGGAGGAGGCCGAUGCAAUGUGACAAAUGGCCAUUGUGCUGACAAUCUGAUUUUGGCAGAAAACUAUCCAAGAGGUCACAAGGAACUGAGAGGAUCUUUCUUUAAUGUGCACGGUCCAGUGGAUACCAUGUCUUGGUUUACCUCUCAUGGGGUGGAAUUGAAGAUUGAGGAUGAUGGUAGAGCAUUUCCUGUCAGCAAUAGCUCUUCUUCUGUAAUUGAUUGUCUCAUGACUGAAGUACAGCGAAGGGGAGUUUCCAUGCAGACCAAAAAAAAUGUAACUGCAGUAUCUGUUUUAUCCUGUGGGAAAUUCCUUCUUGAGAUUAAGCAACUACCGGCUGGUUCUUCUGAGCAAGUUGAAGUUGAUUAUCUAUUGAUUGCUACCGGCAGUAGCCGACAGGGUUAUGAAAUUGCAUCUCAGCUUGGUCAUUCAAUCGUAGAGCCAAUGCCGAGCUUGUUUACAUUCAAAAUUGAAGACUUGCGUUUGAGGGAGUUGUCUGGGGUUUCAUUCCCUAAAGUUAAAGUGAGACUAAAAUUGGACAGCCUACAAAAAAAUAUUCCUCAGCUUACACAGGUUGGCCCCUUGUUAAUUACACAUUGGGGACUCAGUGGGCCGGCUAUUCUUCGGUUGUCUGCUUGGGGUGCUCGCUAUCUGUUUAGUUCAGGUUACAAAGGGAGACUUAUUGUAGAUUUUAUCCCUGAUGUGCAUAUCGAAAGUUUGAAGACCAUUAUUUCGCGUCACAAGCUUCAAUUUGCGAAACAAAAAGUGGUCAAUUCGUGUCCUCUUGAAUUCGGGAUAACAAAAAGAUUCUGGAGCUAUUUGUUGGAACGACAGGGUUUAAGUGGAGAUAUCUUAUGGGCCUCAAUUUCCAAUAAUGCAUUGAUAUCCAUCGGUUCUUUGCUAAAGGACUGCACGUUUGAAAUUAAAGGCAAAGGUCCAUUUAAAGAUGAAUUUGUCACUGCUGGUGGUGUUCCUUUAUCUGAGGUUUCACUUAAUACAAUGAAAAGCAAAAUUUGUUCAAAUCUGUUCUUUGCUGGAGAGAUAUUGAAUGUUGAUGGAGUAACUGGUGGUUUCAAUUUCCAGAAUGCUUGGUCGGGAGGAUUUAUUGCAGGAACCACAAUUGGUGGAUUAGCACUUGGCUCUUGUGUUUAGGUACAAAGUGAAAGUUGAUUUGUUUGCUUCUAAACGGGUAGUGUUGGUGUUGCAUCAUGCUUUUUUAGGCCAACUUGGUUUUUUUCCUUUUUGGGCUGUCGAGGAACAAGUAUAUUUUUAAAUGUACUUUUCUUUUCUGUUUUCCUAGUCAUAAAUAGUUUAGUGGAUGAUAUCUUUAAUAUGAAAAAUUCUUAUUUUUAGUUCA